AUGGCGGCUGCUCGCUGAGGCGGCGGAGCGCGGCCAUGGCCACCAAGCGCCUGGCCAGGCGGCUGGGGCUGGCGCGGAGCAGCGCCGGGGCGCGGAGCGGGGCGCGGGCGGCCGCGGGGCAGCGCUUCGGCUUCCUCGUGGUGCUGGACUUCGAGGCCACGUGCUGGGCGGAGCGCGGGCAGCGCGGGCCCGAGAUCAUUGAAUUUCCAGCAGUCCUGUUAAACACCUCAACAGGAGUGAUUGAAUCUGAAUUCCACAUGUAUGUCCAGCCCCAGGAGCAUCCUAUUCUCUCUGAAUUCUGUACAGAACUAACUGGCAUAACACAGAAUCAAGUUGACGAAGGAGUGCCUCUAAACAUCUGCUUAUCACAGUUUUUGAAAUGGAUUCAAAAGAUACAAAAGGAGAAGAAAAUUAUAUUCACUACAGAUAGUCAGAGUAAUUGUACUUCAGAAGCAAAAGCAUGUGCCUUUGUUACUUGGACAGACUGGGACCUGGGUGUGUGUUUGCACUACGAGUGUAAAAGGAAGCAGCUGCACAAACCUGACAUUCUGAAUUCCUGGAUUGAUCUCAAAGCGACCUACAGGGCCUUCUAUAACAGAAAGCCUAAAGGACUAAAUGGAGCUUUGCAGGAUUUGGGGAUUGUUUUUGAAGGACGGGAACAUUCUGGGUUGGAUGAUUCCCGGAAUACUGCUCGUCUUGCUUGGAGGCUGAUUUGUGAUGGAUGUGUGCUGAAAAUUACUAAAUCUUUGGAUAAGAAAAGUAAUUUAAUUUCCAGAACACUGACUGUAAACAUCACUGACAAGACUCCACUGGGAAGUAAGAGCAGACCUGAAACAUCUAGAGAUGGGACUUGUGAAACAAAAUCUCUGGCUGAGAACAAACACGACAGUAUUGCUGGAAACAAGAUCAGUGCCAAUGCACAGGCUGGGGAACAGCAGAUCACUUGCACUGAUCCCUCUGCAGGUGUCUGUGUCAUUCCCAGCAGCAGCUCAAGGACUGAGUUCCAUACUCAAUCCCACAGCUCUUCAGCAACAUCUACUGCCAGGUCUCCUGUUCCUCUGGGUCUGGCACAGCCAUCAACAAGCAUCCAGCAGAGACUGAGCAUUGGGCAGCCUCUGAGAACAACCAGGCCCAGCCUCCCAGUGCAGGGAUCAGGGCUGGUGCUUGUCUCCACCACCAUCCCCUCAGUUACUCUCUCCAGUGGGAACGUCAGCACCAGUUCUGAGUGCUUGUCUCUGCUGACAGACUGGGAAGAUGUUGCUUUGAUACCAGAAUCUCAAUAUGAACAAAAUUCAGACUCUCUUCAGCUCAAGGAUGACUCAAGUACAGAUAGUCUAACAGUGUUUGAAGAAGAAGAAAGUAUUUCAAAACAACUGGCUGUGACAAGUUCAGAUAAUCAGAGUUUGGAGGAAGGUGCAGCACCCAUGGAACUGCUGAAGUCUGUUGUUUACAAAAGUCCUGAUACCACAAUCUAUGAUAUAGGGACAGUACAAAGGCAGACUUCAAAAUUUUCAGCUUUUAAGUUACCAUCUGCAAAGGGAAAUGCUGUUUCAGCACAAUCAGCAUUAAUUGGAAAUUACUCGACUCCUUUAGAGGCUCCUAAAAGAAAGCCAACUAGUCCAAAAACAUGCCCACCAGCAAAAAAGCAGUCUUUUCAUAUAUAUGAAGAGAAAAAUUCCUCUUUUGAUCACUCCUUAUUUUUGAGAAGUUCAGAUUUACCCAAAGUAUCUCCUGCUGUUCUGAACUCCACAGUCAAUUUGAACGAGUCUGUAAGAGCUGUGAGAAAUGUGAAAUCAACUCCCCCUCUGUGUAACUGUGGCCGAAGAGCCAGAAAACUCUCUGUGUCAAAUGCUGGCCCAAAUCAUGGCAGAGCAUUUUUCUGUUGUCCUGUUGGCAAGCAAGGAGGUGAUAAGAAAGGUUGUGGAUACUUCAAGUGGGAAUAUGCUCUUCUGAAAGAGAAAUCUAAUGGUUUUACCUUUAAGGCAGAUGCUUUGACCUCUCUUGGAACUUUUUCUAACAAUACAGAAAAUUCUUACUACAAAAGGUAUUUGUCUCUUAGACCCUCGAUGAGAACUUGAAAAUGGAUACAGUUUUUUUUGUCUGAAUCUUAAGCUUUUUAAGUUUCAUGCUGAUGUAAUCAGGACAGUCAAAUGAUGUCAGAUAUUCUCAGAAUGGGACAAAAAGGACAGUUUGUGGUUAACAUAGAUAGAAAGGAAAGUUGCUUAAACAUUCAAAAAUAUCAGCAGAUUAUAAAGUAUCUUCUUAAUGAAGUGUGAGAGAAGAGAUAAAACUAUUAAGUGCUAAAAUUAGAGCAUGAGCACCUGUUGCUACUAUUCUAAAAUUUCUGUUCUAUCAUAUAUUUUAAAUACUUUACUAGUCCAGUCCCUAAAGAUGUUAAUGACUCAGAUUUUAUUUGCACUUUUUUUCUAAAUAUCUGUAAUGCCUACAACUUUUAAUUAUUGAAACUUUUGAAAGAUUUUAAAAUAUCUUUAGGAGAUGUUGCACAUCAAAAGUGAUUUUUGAAGCAAUAGUAUUCUCCUGAACUCUUACAGAGUUUUUUAUCCUUUAAGUAACAAUAAAGAUAAGAUACUGAUAUUUCAUUAAAUAUUUUAUUUAACACACAUCACUGUUGUGCUCUUGCCUCUCUGAGUUUCCCAUUUCAUUUGUAUCAGUGUCUGCUUUAGCUCGUAGUGUAGCCCCUGGGGCAGGGAAUCGUGUGGAAUGAUGGAAAUCCCAUGAAAUGAUGAGAAUCAGGUACAAAUGUACUCAAAAUUAAACUAAGAAGGAUAUAGUGUAAUGUCUUACUUUACAUUACUGUGUAAAUAUCUUAGUUUGUAAAAAUCCUGCAAAAAAGCAGCAAAUACUUUCAUUUUUUCUCCACUUCUAGCACAGUUUGCUUCCAAUGGUGGUUUUCUUGUAUUGGAUUUGGAGCAACUGCCUUGGUCAGUUUUUUCCACAGAUCAAAACCUGUAAUAAUUCUUACCCCCUUAAUUGUCCAAGAAGCUUAAAAGUUACAGCAGGGAGAGGGGGCUCUUACGGACCGGGAUGCACACAGACACCUUCCUUUAGGAACUCCGCUGCGGGCCACAGCUGUUCUGUUAGCACACCUUCGCUAUUUUUCCA